UAAAUAAUUAUAUCUCUUAUCUCUUAUUUAAUUUAAAAAUGAAAUCCAUCAUUUGUUAAAUCCAAACCGGUCGCUAAUAAUCCGACCAAUUUGUUUAACCCAAACCGGCCCCCAAACUAACGGUCAAUUUUUCAGAUUACAAAACUGCAAGAUCAUCAUCGCCAUGGUUAGACCUUUGUCAACAAUCUUCAAAUCGACGAAACCCCAUAUUCUGAAACCACCAAACCCCUCAAAUUUUGAAUCGUUGAAGCCCACUAAUCUCAAAGUUCCCUCUUCUUCAAAUCCAGUAGCAUCUUCCUCAAGUUGCAGCAAAUCGAAGAAAUCAAGAAAGUCGGAUGCAAAUUCACAGCAAUCAUCAGGAAAUGAUCCGGAAUUACUAACAAGCCCAGCUUCAAAUUCAACGAAAUUUAGUAAUUCUAAGAAAAAGAGGUCUUUGUGGUGUGUAUACCUUAUUCUCUCGACAAAUCCACCUAUUAAGACCUAUGUUGGUGUCACUACCAAUUUCUCUCGCCGACUAAAAGAACAUAAUGGUGAAUUAAAAGGGGGUGCAAAGGCAUCUCGCUCAGGAAGACCUUGGAUUUGUGCAUGCCUUAUUCGGGGAUUUAAGGGCAGAAGUGAAGCUUGUGCAUUUGAAUCAAAAUGGAAACAAAUUUCGAGAAAGCUUCCCCGUAAAAGGAAGAGUACUACUGAGGAGCAGGAGCAGGAGCAGGAGCCAGAAGACAAUGGAUCUCUUGCAUUAUUGCAGCAUAGACAUGCAGCUCUGGAUCGCGUUCAAAGUUUGAUUGAUUGCAGUGACUUAAAUAUUGAUUGGCGUUCUAAUUUUUUCUGAUUUUAUAUAUUGAUUCUUCUCUACAGAAAAAUGUAGCCACAGUUAUAUAUAUUUUCACUUGCAACAGUGACUUGUACAAAUAUAUUUAUUAUAACUGGUCAAAAUGUUCAUAAGGAACUAUGAAUACACCAGUUGCGAAAAGCUAACGUAACUUGGGAAUAAUUUAACAUUUA